UCGUCCUUCUUGCCUGCAUCAAAUCGCCUUCCGCGCGAGCGGAAGAAUACUUCCUUUAUUCUUCUUUCUUCUCUCUUUCUCAGCCUUUUCCUGCUCUGCUCAAACCUGUCCUUCUCUAUCAAUGGCGGAAGAAGGGCCAAUGAACGGUUGCUGUAUGAACAUUGAAAAACAACUGAUCUUUGAUGAUGGGAAGGAGUCUGAGGGCACCACCUUGUGUGAAGUGGCUGAUGCUCAUGGGUUCUGUGCGAUCUGUUUAGAAAGGAUACCCCUUGAGGAGACUGCGCUUGUAAAAGGUUGCGAGCAUGCUUACUGUGUGACAUGCAUCCUGAUAUGGGCCACAUAUAGUAAAAAUCCUUCCUGCCCUCAGUGUAAGCAUCCGUUUCAGUCUCUGAAUGUUCAUCGCUCUCUAGAUGGCUGUAUUCAUGAUUACAUGUUGGAGGAGAGCGUUUGCCUGCUUCUUAGAGCUGCUUGGUUUGUGCCAUUGACAUUGGAGAUUCAGGAAGAAGCAUAUGAAGAACAGGAAGAUGUGUAUCUUCAGUAUGAGGAUGAUGAUGAUGGCGAUGAUCUGGAUGAAACUUACUUUAGCAGUUCAUCAACUAUCCGUAUUGGUAACAGGAGGUGGGGUGAUAAUGGUUACGUUAGGGCAGGGCGGAAGGAGGCAAGGCCCAUCAGUCGAGAACAUAUCCAGGACCCAACCGCUGGCUCCUCACACAGUCAGAGGAAUAGGGAGGCAUCAAAAGAUGUGACGGGGCGGCGUGCUAAGCGGGCCAUGAAGCGUGAAGCUGCAGAUAAGGCAGCUGCUGCCAAGCACCAGCAACACUUGCAAAGGUUGGGCCGCAAGUGAUCAUGUCUCCCCCCCCCCCCCCCCCCCCUUCCACAGGCGAAGCUGUGUAAGUGUUCAUGUCGGGUUUCAUCAUAUAUGAUUUCUCCUUGCAUGAACUUUGUGAAAAUAAUGCAUCGUGGUAGGUGGGUGCGUAUCUUAGGUUUUAGGUUGGUAGUUCCAACUCUUUUCUUUUUGAAUGUUCGAAAUUUACUUGUGGAAUUGCUGCAAGUUUAAGUUAUAAAAAUGUUUGAUAGAACUAGCGGCUCUUUUAUUUUUUAAUUUUAAUUAAUUUUUUUAAAAUCUUUUGAUUCGGUUUUAAUAGUACAAAUUGUGGCAGCCAGCUAUACCGGAAGAUGUUGGAGAUAAUGAAUAACUUGAAUGUUUGUUGCUGCU